GACUCCACCAAGACAUCGUAAAUCCAAAGUAUCCUCUAAUGUACGAGAUACAUCAAAAGAAUCUACACAAGGCGCAAGUGGUGCAAAGAAACGCGAGAAAUCAGUUCGUGGUCGUAAUGCUAAGGAAAUCGAUACUGGUAAAGAUGAUAAAAGUGGCGCGAAAGGAAAGAAAACUGAUAAUAAUAAUAGUAAUACUAAUACUACCACUAAUAAUAAUUCACCCAAAAAAGCUACUAAUCAAGAACAACGAUCUAGUGGAAAGAAUAAAACUGGAAGAAAUAUACGAAGUGCAAAACAGACAUCAGAUACAGAAAGACUAGAAUCCAGUCCUGAUAUGAAUGAAUUAAUGAAUCCACUUUUGGAUAAAGCAAUUUAUGUUGAACCAGAUGGCUUAUUGAUUGUGGGCAAUUUCGUGCUGGCAUUCUUAAAUUUAUCACGCAAUUCAAUUGGUAUGAAUGGUUUGAAAGCUUUAUUAGAAGCAAUUACAUAUCAAGUGAAUUUGUUAAAUGUUGAAAAUGCUACGACAAAUAUUGGUACAGGCAUAUUAACUUUAUUAUUAGAUAAUAAUACAUUCAAUCCAGAGUGUGAAAUCAUGACAUCGAUCAGUGACCUGCUAGCAUCACGUGAUCCUACAGCAAGAAGUAUAAAUAGUAAUAAAAUGGUGGAUUCCGAAUUAACAAAUUGAAAUAUCUAAAAAAAUAAAUUGAACGAAAUCAUGUCGAUGGAAAAUUUUAUAAUAUUGUUUUAUUCAACCCCUGGAAUUAUUUAUAUCUCACUAUAUCAAAGUUAAAGAACUUCUUUUGAAUUUUGAUAUUAGAACAAUGAAUG